AUGACGGAUCGUGUGUAUGAGGCGAUUAUUAGUUUGCUUGAUGCUGAGUACGAUGAACUUGGCGAGAACCUUCUGUGUGCUCAAAACGAGAAUACGCGGUUAGACCGAAUCAUUGAAAAGACUCAAAACAGUUAUGUUUCACAAAACACGAUUCUUAUAGCAAACAAACGCCUUCAAGCGAUUCUUCGAGACAGACGGACUGAGAUCAAAGAUCUUCAAUCGCAACUUUCACUUUUGACAUCACAAAGUGUAUCUCCAUCGUUCGAGAAAUCACAAUCACAUCUCAUUUCUUCAAAAUCUCAAAAUGUGGAGAGUGCGCCUCCUCUAAUUACAAAUCCAUUCCCAAUCGCACUUAUACAUAGUUCACUAAGUCCACACCAAGACAAUCCACUCCAAACACAACCACAAGAAGUCGUGGCUGACAAGAAGAGUCAAAUCCAAUUAGCAACAAUUGAACAGAAUCUUUCAUCAUCCAUUAACAAUACUGCCAAACAAAACCAAACACUUACAAUCCCAUCUAUUCCGGUUUUACAAUCAAAUGUUGUCAUUCCUCCUAUCCAAUUGCAAGGUGUAGUUCAACCGACUUAUCCACACAAGAAGACUACAAUUAAAAGUAAGGCGAAUACUAGUAUUAAAACUAUUGAUAAUAUAAGUAAUAAUGUUAUUAAUAAUACUAAAACCGAUGAAGUGAUCAAUGAGAAGCUGGAGAUUAAUGUGAUUGGGGGUGCAAACAUGCUAGUCGACUCUAAGAUGGUGUUUGGAAAUGAAAACCACUCUCUUUAA